AUGACAAGGACGAACCAGAUGGGUAUCCUUGCUCAACGGCGCGGCAUCGACUGUAUAAACCGAACACAGUACAACUCUAGCAAAUCUGUCCCCCAGCGCAAACCCGCCGAAGCUGCUGCAGCGCCCUACGCACACUCGAGGGGGAGUCGCAGCAGGACGUGGGACGUUUACAGUGUUGCGCAGAAGUCGCCACCGCAGCAGCGCGAUCCGGUCCACAAGGACGAUACUGAUCGUUCAACUGACAACACAGCCAUUCCACCGUUGAAGUAUUCCCACUCCUGCAUCCAAGAUUCACAGUACGAUCCAGCGCGGCAUCAGCGCAACAUGCGAGUUCCCGGCUACGGUUCCUCCAAUGGGAUGGCCAACAACAUAGUCGAGGAAUACCUGUCACCCAGUGAAGACUAUGUGGAAGACUACCAGACCUUUAAAGCGCUCACAGACGCGGAAAAGCAAAACGUCAUCGCACGAGAAGCAGAAGAAUACGGGUUGGAGCGACCCAAAGGCUGGAAGGUCUCAUUUCAUUACAAUCCCCACGUGGAAUACCACCAUUUUGGCAGCUCACAUCCCAUGAAGCCCUGGCGACUGACCUUGACGAAACAACUGGUUUUGUCAUACGGGCUCGAAUAUACCAUGGACCUCUAUGAACCAAGACCAGCGAAUUUCAACGAACUCGCCAUUUUCCAUGACCGCGACUAUCUGUCUUAUCUCAGCAAGAUCACACCACAAAAUGCCCAAUCCGAAGAUCCACAAUACAUCUCAUACGGUUUCGGUGGCGAGUCCAACGACUGUCCAGUCUUUGACGGUCUUUGGAAUUACGUCUCCCUCUACACGGGAGCUUCUAUAAGCGCAGCCUGGAACUUGCUCAACAAACAAUCCGAUAUAGCCAUCAACUGGUCUGGUGGCUUGCAUCAUGCCAAGAAGAAUCUUGCAUCCGGCUUUUGCUACGUCAACGAUAUUGUCAUCGCCAUUCAGCUUCUCCUCACGCAACACCAGCGCGUCUUAUACAUCGACAUCGACGUCCAUCACGGUGAUGGCGUCGAACAGGCGUUUGAGUCUACUGACCGCGUCUUUACUUUAUCCUACCACAAAUACGGUAUCGACAGACACGGAUAUCCUUUCUUCCCCGGCACUGGUAGUAUCAAUGAGAUGGGGCCAACUGAUCCCGCAAACCGUGGUAAAGGGCACAGCCUCAAUUUGCCCAUCGAUGACGGCAUUGACGACGAUCAGUACAAGUGGCUAUUCAAGACAGUAACAGGCGCUGUCAUCGACAAGUACAACCCUCAGGCCAUUGUUUUACAGUCUGGCGCAGAUUCACUGGGUGGUGACCGGCUGGGUAGAUUCAACCUCAACAUCAAGGCCCACGGAUACUGCAUUGAGACAGUCAAGAGCUACGGUCGUCCACUGCUGGUGAUCGGCGGUGGCGGCUAUACACCCCGCAACGUGGCGCGAACCUGGUGUCACGAAACCUCUGUCUGCGUUGGCGCUGAGCUACACAACGAUCUGCCUGCCCACAUUCCCUACAUCCAAGCAUUCCAAGGCGCGGAGAAUGGGGACGGCAUCCUCUAUCCGGAUCUACACAACACGAAGCGGCAUGAAAAUCUCAACUCGAUGCCCAAGUUGCAGAAGCUGCUAGAGCAGGCCAUGGAGAAUCUGAGGUACCUGGAAGGUGCGCCGAGCGUGGUGGUCAAUACCAAGGGCAUCAGCGAGGAGGAGAUUAUGAGGGUCCGUGAGAUGGUAGAACAGGAGCUGGAGGACGAGGCCGAAGACCGACAUAGUCUCAACGUGGAGAACAACAGACGCAGGCGCGAAAGGAAUAUUGGAGGUCGAGCCGAGCGAGGGCUUAGGUGA